GGUAGAGCUGGCACAAACAAGAAGUCAGUAGCGUCGACUCAAUUAUGUUUGAUUAGGCCUAGAUGAGCUCGGAUGGAUAUAUUUACUUCGAUGUACUGGAAAAUAGUCUGUAGUUCUAGUUUAGAUUAUCCGCACGUAUACACUUUAACAAUACACUCAGUAGCCAUAAUGAAAAGGGGCAUGAGACGCACAGUGAAAGGAAUAAUGACCGGAUGAUCCCCACAAAUUAGGGGCACGCGAUCAAGACAAACAGUGUUCCUGCUCUGCUGUUCUAGGCGGUUUGCCUUUCGAUCACUGUUUAGGACGCUUUAAUAAAGUGACAAAAAGGAAGGAACAAUCGUGAUCAAUUAAUAUGAAAUAUUGGCUUUGAUCAAGAAGGAAUAUGAAGUCUCGUCGGUCAUGAUCAAGCAAUCCAACCGUAGUAAACCGACCCUAGGGAAGUCAGAUACCACGUCGACUAAAUAAGCAAUCUACAGCUUAUGUAAAUGGACUUUGGAAUAAAGAAAAGGGUCUUGAAGUAUAUUAAUUAAUAUAAUGUUUAAAUUGACACGUCUAUGGGAUAAAAGUAUGAUAAAUGGGAAUUCCCGAUGCAGGUUACCACGACUACCUACGGAGUUAAAAGCUUCGGCGUAACCAUGGCAACUCAGUUGUAAGUUGAUGCCAUUGUAGAUAGAGAAUCAUUGAGGAAAUGAUCUGAAAGUAUUUUUCAUAAUUUCAAUGCCCAAUGGCUAAGUAGGAACGAAAAACGUUCAACGUAUAAUAACACUUCAAAAACGGUAAACAGCUGUAAGGUGAAAAAAUCGAGGCCCAUCAUCGCUAGAAUAACAUACAUGAUAAUUGGAUUUCUGAGGGCAAUUAGAUAAUACAAACUAUCGCAUUACACCUUCCAUAACUAUGCAUUGAGCCAUGGGAGUUGUAUAACUUCAACUGACAGAUAACAUAUUAAAACGAACUGAAUCUUACCUGAUCCUAUCACGACUUGUCAUCAUGGAGGUUACUCAGCUCACUCACAUAAACAAAGUGAAUUUAACACUUAAUAACGUAAGUUAUGAAGAGGUAAACCAAACAUUUACCAAUACCUGUACCACAAACUGUGAAGCUGGAAAUGGCAUUUUUUAUUACUCGGGGGCUGAGGAAUUGAAGGACUUUCAAAAUUGGUACAGCCGUUACCAUGGUUACAUUGCAGCCACUAUUUGUAUUCUUGGUAUCGUCGCAAACCUACUGAAUAUCGUUGUUCUCACCCAGAAGAACAUGAUCAGUGCCACAAACUGUAUUCUGACGGCACUUGCCGUCGCAGAUGGACUAACAAUGCUAGCGUACUUCCCGUUCGCCUUAUUCUUUUAUUGCAUUCACAGCGCCAAUGUAUUAGACGCCGAUAAGAACUCUCUCAGCUCGACCAAAUUUCUUUUCUUCUAUGCCGCAUUCAGUACGGUGGUCCACAGUAUCGCAAUCUGGCUAACUGUCACGCUCGCCAUAUUCCGAUUUAUGUUUAUUAAGUACCCAAGAUACGGGCCUCUGCUAUGUAGCCUACCGCGUGCUAAACUAGCUGUUGCGUUAGUUUACCUGGUAACUUUUAUUUUCUGCAUUCCGAAUAUCGUAGCCCUAAGUGUUGUACCAUAUACUAAAGAUGAACUGAAUCGGACAAUAUGGUUGCUACAUAUGCCCGAAAAUACAAUGCUUCAAAAGGUCAUCGUGAAAGGUAAUUUCUGGAUCCAAGCUAUAGUCAUCAAAUUGGGCCCAUGUGCCGGACUAACUGUUUUAAGCUUCCUUCUGAUACAGUCAAUGAGGGAGGCCGAGCAACGCCGUAAAAACCUCCGCGCUAAAAGUGUAAAACCAGAUGAUGACAACCGGAGAGACAGGAAGACAAACCGCACAACGCGUAUGCUCUUGGCGGUGGUGAUUCUGUUUUUGAUUACGGAAAUGCCGCAAGGAAUUCUCAUGUUUCUGACAGGUGUUCUGGACACACAUUUCUUCAAAGAAAUAUAUGACCCUCUCGGAGACUUCAUGGAUAUCCUUGCACUCAUAAAUAAUGGAAUCAACUUCAUCUUAUACUGCACCAUGUCAAAACAGUUUCGAGAGACAUUCCUCGAUAUAUUUUUGAAACCAGUGAGGGAAGAAACCCGGAGAUUAAGCACCGGGUUUACUAUGAUUCCAACUCAAAAUGGCAAGAUUUCUGAUUCGGAUGCCACAUUAGUGUGAAGUUCUUUUGCUAUGUCCCAUUAGUGUCACGAAGGACUUCCCGUGAUUUAAUCACGAAGCACGCAAGUGACCGGGAAUUGUUACAUUGAGAUCGGACUUACAGAAAGUAAAUGUAAUUAAGGUCCCAUCCAAUUAUGGUCCCCUUCCCUAUCGAUUCUUGCAUUGACCUUAUUAUAUUUAGCUCUUAAUGUUUUAUGAUCAACCAGGUGAACGUCAUAUAGAAGGGGCCCAUAAUCUCUGGAGGACCAUAUAUACCUUAGUCACAUUUGAUCUACGACAGCCGUAUGCCGGCCGUAGACUUUCUAUAUCAAUUUUGU